UCCCUCCCUGAACCUGGAGCUCAUAGAUGGCACCGCCGUGCGUCCUCGCGAGCACGAGUUUGGAAGAAACGCGAAGUACACACACAUACACACUCCGACACACACACCUACACACACACUGAGACACUUUGGAUGGACUGAGAAAAGCUCGCAGAGACUGAAGGACACGAGAACAAGCAAAAGAACACCAAGGAGAAGAAGAAACCUUUUCACCCGACGUUUGACUUGUUGAGGUUCCAGGAUACUUUGCGCGUUUUUUUCUUCUCGGCUCAGAAACGCACGGAGAAAUCGUACAUCAUGCAGCAUUACGGCGUAAACGGAUAUUCGCUCCACGCUAUGAACUCGUUGAGCGCCAUGUACAACCUCCACCAGCAGGCGGCUCAACAGGCCCAGCACGCACCCGACUACAGGCCGUCGGUACACGCGCUCACUCUCGCCGAGAGGCUAGCUGACAUUAUCCUCGAGGCUCGUUACGGCUCUCAGCAUCGUAAGCAGCGGCGGAGUCGCACGGCCUUCACCGCGCAGCAGCUUGAGGCUUUGGAGAAAACGUUUCAGAAGACACACUACCCUGAUGUGGUGAUGCGUGAACGACUGGCCAUGUGCACCAACCUCCCCGAGGCACGUGUCCAGGUUUGGUUCAAGAACCGGCGGGCGAAGUUCCGUAAGAAGCAGCGCAGCCUGCAGAAGGAGCAGCUCCAGAAGCAGAAGGACGCCUCACCCGAAGGAUCGUUAGGGGCGAGCGAGAAGAGCGACCCUUCCCCCGCCGUGAACCUGGAGAACCCGCUUCCUCCUUCGUCCACGUCCUCGUCUUCCUCCAUCGAGGUUGAGGGGCCGUCUGAGCUGAGUGUGGAGCUAAACGUCACCUCGGCGGAGCAGUCAGGGAGCGAGUCGGCCACAGAGGACAACACGACCGACAGGGAAGAAGAGAUCAAACUCCAUCAGGACGACGUGAAGGUGGACAAGUCCGGGGGUCUGUCUCCUCCCUGCAAACGUCUAAGCCCCAAACCAGAUUCUCCUCUCGGCUCUCCGGCGAUCACGUCCGGGGCUAACAGCGUGACCGGAGGCCUCUCUCAGAGCCACUCGUACUCUUCAUCACCACUGAGCCUCUUCCGUCUCCAGGAGCAGUUCCGCCAGCACAUGGCUGCCACUAAUAGCUUGGUGCACUACCCGUCGUUCGACAUGGCUGCCCCGUCCUCCCUGCCCUACCUGGGGAUGAACGUGAGCGUCCCGGCGCCGUUAGGUUCUCUGCCUUGCCAGUCGUAUUACCAGUCGCUGUCCCAGCACGCGCAGCAGGUGUGGAGCGGUCCUCUCCUUCAGGCCUCCGCCGCACUGCCCAGCCACAACAGCAAGACCAGCAGCAUCGAGAACCUCCGGCUACGUGCCAAGCAACACGCUGCCUCGCUCGGCCUCGACACCAUGCCCAAUUAAACACUAACUGCCACAAGACAGGACACUCUCGGCCGAAUGCUUCGCCCUAGCUAACACCUGGAUCUACAAGAAGAUGCUUCACAAAAUCUAUGUGAAAUUAUUUUGUUAUUUCUGACCUAUUUCUGUUUUGUCAUCAAAAAAAUUUAAAAACUA